UUUUAUACAUUUAUUGACAUGCAUCUUAAACUAUUUAUUUUAACAUUGACUUUAAUUUAUUACAAAAUCGCCUAUGUAGAAUGUAAAAUUCAAGAAUUUUCAUACUUAAAUUAUUUAAUUGAAAUAGAAGAUCAUCUGUGUAUUCAAAAUGGAUGGAAAUCUGCGGGAAACCUAUACGUGAAACUUGAUUCCAUUGGAUUUUUAAGUGUCCAAGAUUUAGUAGCGCAAAAACUCAACAAAAAAAAUGUGCUAAGUGUUUUCAAUAAUAUUGUUGAUAUUUUAAACUACAGGUAUAGCGAAGUACUUUUAACAUUCGUAGAAUUAUUAAAUAUUGUUAAUGGUAUAUGUGUACACCUUUUAGACGCUAAAAUAUUAGAAAACUUUAUAAAUUGUACAAUAUUACUAGUAAAAGUAAUAAACAAUUCAAUGACAAUGUUUGAUAAUUUAUACAAUGUUAUGACAUUUAUAAGUUAUAUGGACUUUAAACUUGUGUUUCCCGAGUUAAAAACUAACCCAAUUACAAUAGUUCAUGACAUGUAUGAGAUAAAAAAUCAUAUAUAUUUAAAAAAAAUCCAAUAUGAGUAUCAUUAUGUUGAUCUUCAAGUAUUUAUCGAAACUAAAGAAUUCAUUGGUAAUGUAUCUAAAAGUGCAAAUAACUGUUUCGAGAAAAAUAAAUCUAUUAUAAAUACUAGUGAGAAAAUUGAUCUCAAAACUAAAUGUAAAACAGAAUAUUUGGCACACAACAGAGAUUUCAUGGAUUUUAUACAAUUCAUGUGUCAUAAGAUCAAUUCAAUUUACACUGAAACAAUUAAAAUUAAUUACGAUGAUCUUGGAUUCAUUCAGUUGAUAAAUCCAACAAAUCAUAAGUUUAAACCUCUGAUUGACGAAUCUAUUAAUCAAGAACUUGGAAUCAAGACACUUAAUACUUUAUUUAGCGAGGGUAGUUGGAAUUUAUUUAGUCACAUAGAAAUAAAACAUGAUAAUUUAAUAAUAAAUGCCACAACUGUAAUGAGAGACCUGGUGACAGAUCACAAUUUUCAUCUUAAAAAAUUUUACUUCACACAAAUAGUGCGAUGUAGAUUUUUUGAAGUGCUUUACAAUAAAUUACAAACUAUUUUAUGUAGGAUUUGUAGAAUUGAAAAAAAAAGUAAUAAUUAUGUGAAAUGUGUCACAAAUCUUUUUGACACAAUUAAUUAUACAGUAAAAUGUUUUAUUUUAUGCUGACAAUUAUGGAAAAACUAAAACUAUCAAAAAUAAGGUUGCCUGAAAGAUUAUAUUCUAACUUACUUUCAACUUAUAAAUUAAUACACAAUUAUAUAAUUGAUCUUAAAACUUAUAACGUAACACGAAAUGUGUUUAUAAAUACACCUGAAGUAAAUAUUGAAUAUUUAGCUAGUGAUUACAUGGUGAGUUUUCAAAAAGCAAGACUACAUUUUUCCAAUAUGCUACGUAAAUUAAAAACAAAAAGAUUAAAUAACUGUUGUUCAGAAGGUUUAUUGGUGACUACAGAAAAUAUGGAAACUAAAUUUUCUAAUAUUGCGCUUGUUAUUAAAUCAUCAACGGCAAAUGAUACAUCUGUCACACAAUAUGAAUUAUUUUCAAAAUAUUUAUAUGAAUUUUGUGAAAACUUUAUUAAAACUGAUUAUAAAGAUACAGGUUUUUAUAAAAUACAUCAAAAUUAUUUUUGGAAAUUGCCAUAAUCCAUUUUUGUUAUUAAAACUAAAUAUAACUGUUAAGUAAUCGAAAUACGUAUUUUAUGUUUAAUUUGAG